AUGAAGACUUGGUUGGCGGCAGUGGAGAUAUCAGAUGAGACCCACACCAGCACCAGCUCCAGAUUCUACACCAGCACCAGCUCCUACACCAGCACCAGCUCCAGAUUCUACACCAGCACCAGCUCCAGCUCCUACACCAGCUCCUACACCAGCACCAGCUCCUACACCAGCACCAGCUCCAGAUUCUACACCAGCACCAGCUCCAGCACCAGCUCCAGCACCAGCACCAGCUCCUACACCAGCACCAGCACCAGCUCCUACACCAGCUCCUACACCAGCACCAGCACCAGCUCCACUCCUACACCCAGCACCAGCUCCUACACCAGCACCAGCACCAGCUCCUACACCAGCACCUACACCAGCACCAGCUCCUACACCAGCACCAGCUCCUACACCAGCUCCUACACCAGCACCAGCUCCUACACCAGCACCAGCUCCAGCACCAGCUCCUACACCAGCACCAGCUCCAGCACCAGCUCCUACACCAGCACCAGCUCCUACACCAGCACCAGCUCCUACACCAGCUCCAGCACCAGCUCCUACACCAGCACCAGCACCAGCUCCUACACCAGCACCAGCACCAGCUCCUACACCAGCACCAGCUCCUACACCAGCUCCUACACCAGCACCAGCUCCAGAUCCUACACCAGCACCAGCUCCUACACCAGCUCCUACACCAGCACCAGCACCAGCUCCUACACCAGCUCCUACACCAGCACCAGCACCAGCUCCUACACCAGCUCCUACACCAGCACCAGCACCAGCUCCUACACCAGCACCAGCUCCUACACCAGCUCCUACACCAGCACCAGCUCCAGAUCCUACACCAGCACCAGCACCAGAUUCUACACCAGCACCAGCUCCUACACCAACUCCAGCACCAGCUCCUACACCAGCACCAGCUCCUACACCAGCACCAGCACCAGCUCCUACACCAGCACCAGCACCAGAUCCAGAUCUGAUCAGGGCCUCUGA